CGUGUACACAACAAAAAUAGUAAAAAAUCGUUUGUAGUAGUUCUUCAUCACGACUUGUUUUAAAAACUCCUAAUGUUUCAAAUAGUGUGGAACCUUCUCUUCAAUAUCUUUGUUUGUUUAUACUGCAAUGUUUUGGCACUCAUUUACUAUUUGGAUAAAUUCUCGCUUAGUUUUUGGAUUCUCGUUAUCUAUUAUGUUCUUGUUGGCACUUUCUCAAUAAUGAGAAUAUUAGAUAAUAGUACUUCCUUUAUUCUACUAUUGAAAAUCAAAGCAGUAAUUUCAAUUGCAUGUAGACACUUUCGUUCAGCCUCAUGUACGUUCAACAAUUCGGAUGUGGUUUUGAUUUCACAGCACAAGUCUUGUGGUAUCAUCACUCUCAACCGCCCAAAAGUUCACAACUCCCUGAAUCUUGAAAUGUUAGGAAUUAUUCAUUCCAAAUUAAAAGACUGGAAUCACGAUCCAUCGGUCUCACUUGUUGUUAUAGAAGGUUCUGGUGAGAAGGCAUUCUGCGCUGGUGGUGAUGUACGUUUUAUUGCAUCUGCUGUCCAAAAAGGAAGUAUUGUUGCUCAAGAAUUCUUUCGUAAAGAGUAUCAAUUAAAUCAUCUUAUUGGGGUAAUGACCAAACCAUAUAUUGCUAUUUUGAAUGGAAUCACAAUGGGUGGUGGUGCAGGAAUAUCAGUACAUGGAAGAUACCGUAUAGCUACGGAAAAAACAGUUUUUGCUAUGCCUGAAACAAUGAUUGGUUUUUUUCCUGAUGUUGGUGGUGGCUAUUUCCUACCACGACUUCCUCAUCCAGGACUUGGUUUAUUUUUAGCACUAACUGGAUAUAAGUUAUCUAGUAUGAAUACUGUAUGGGCCGGUAUUGCUACACAUUUUAUUCAUUCUAAAGAUUUAUCAAACUUCAAAAAUGCACUAAUGAGUCUUGAAUUAAAAUCUACAUGUAGUCCAGAUGAUAAACCAGAAUUUGAUUAUGCUAUUGACAAAGUAAUAAAUCAAUUUAGUAGUGAUGUGCCUAGUUAUUACCACUCUUCAGUAUCAAAUGAUCUUCUAUAUAUUUUAGACGAUUUGUCAGAAAUAUUUUGCUUUUAUAAGAAUAAUGAUGAUGGCGGUGACCAUGAGAUUCCAGUCACUAUAGAAGAUAUCCUUAUAAAAUUAUCUAAAUGUUAUCAGAAUAUAGAAAAUCAUGAGAAAGUCAUUCAUUGGGCUAAAGAAACUUAUGACAAAUUAUUGAGUUGUUCACCUACUUCAUUAAAAGUUACAUUACGUCAAUUACAGAUUGGUUCUAAAUUAUCGUUUAGAGAUGAAUUUAAAAUGGAAUAUCGCCUAUCACAGAAAAUGACUAAAAAUCCUGAUUUCUAUGAAGGUGUUCGUGCUUGUCUUAUUGAUAAAGAUAACACACCAAAAUGGAAUCCAAAUAAUCUUACCUCAGUAGAUAUGAAUCAAAUUCAAUCAUAUUUCAAUCAACUACCGGAAAAUGAUGAAUGGAGACCUGAAUAGUUUCUUCUAAUCUAUCCUGCAUUGUUACUAUAACGGUUGUCUUUUUUUAAAAUAAAAAUGUACGUAUUUACAACUUUUUCAUAUUUUCUAUUGAUUAUUUUUGUUAGGAGAGUUCUACUAACGAAACAUCUUUUUAAUAAGUCAUCCCACUGUAACUCAAACAUACCUUUCGUUGCUUCAAAAUAGAAACGUUAUCUAGUGGACUAGUAUACAAUUGAUAUUCGUAAUUUAAUACCCUUGAAAGAUAUUUAUCUGAAACUUCAUCAACUUUAGAAAUUAGAUUAAUUGACUUUCUGUUUAAGGAAGACUUUCAAUGAAUACCAAAUGUAAAUUCUAGAUUUAACUCUCCUUGUUAUUUACAUUUCACAUUCAUUAUGCACCACUCUCUCUUGAGAUCAGAAUAAAAGUCAACCUCAAGCUACUUUGUUAUGAAAUAACAUUCAAAUGGUUUCCAGUUGAAAAUUUGUUAAUUAAAUUGAUUUCGU